AUGACACGAAGGACAACACCCCACAAGCUGGGCAAGAAUCUCCGAGAAAGAGAACGAGACAUGGACGACGAGUAUUGGUUGUCCGUCGAGCAUGAGAGAGAGAGUUUCCCACAGUUCUGCAUGACCUGCGAGAAGCAAUUCGUUCCUCAAGAUGAGAAGUUCCUAUACUGCUCUGAAUCGGACCACAACAAUGUGUCCGUAUCAAGCAUGACACCCAGGAGUCACGGCCACAGUGGCCGUUCCACUCACAACUACCCCUUCUACGCUGCGGGCACACCUGAGCCAAAGGACAUCAUCCCUAGAGCCUCGCCUUCCAGACCCAACUCUAUGCAUCUCUCCCCGCCGACGUCGCCCACCAGCAGCAGCCACCACACGUCAGCCAUUUCGGCGCUUAGGUCGCUGUCUAUCCGAGAAUCAAGCCCACCCACACCGCCUGGCUCUUAUCCCAGCGGCGUGUGGCCUUUCUCAUCGCGCAGCACAGCAACGAGUCCCAGCACGUCGUAUGGCACGCGGCCCACUUCGAUGUACUCCACCUACGACAAUUAUGGCUACACGAUGGCCUCGUCGGGCACAGCGGACCGACCAUUACCAUCGCGCCGCCCCGGCGGAUAUUCGCGACCGAAGAGCAUCGAGCUCGUCACGCCCAUGACCAGCCGGUGA